UUCUUCACCUAGCAGAGGGCUUGCAUCUCCAGGCUCAAAUUAGGCUUCUUGAGUAAAUGAUGAAUAAAAGAGUGAAUGAAUAAAUGAGAGUACUCGCUCUGUGCUCCUCCUAGGGACCCGGAUGCCCCAUUCCUCGGCCCAGACUUUCCAGGUCAGAGUGGAGGGCUUCCACCAGGGUUUCCUUCAGGGUCCUGAGGGGCUGGCUUCUGCCCACCCACUCCAGUCUGGCUGAAAUUUCAGGGUCAAGGGCACCUUCUGCCAGUCACAGGGGAGCCUGAGAGGGCAGGGCAAGGAUUUGCAUCCACUCAAACAAACAGCAUCAAGCCAAGUCAUAUGAUGAGAGUGACUCCGGCCAGGGGGUGGGCAUGUGGGCUGGUCCUUGGUUCAGUUGUGUUCUCUGCCCGCCCCGUCUGACUCACCCUGACAACUUUCUUCCUGCCCCUGGCCACCUCUCUGGCCACUUGCUUCCUCAGUACAUUGAUCUAGCUCUUCCUGAAACAACCCAGGAGCUCGGAGCUUCGCAUCUGACCUUCCAGUCAUGACCAGGACCAGGACAGCACUCCUCCUGUUCACAGUCUUAGCGACUUCUCUGGGUUUCAACUUGGACACAGAGCGGCUGACAGCCUUCCGUGUGGACAGCGCUGGGUUUGGAGACAGCGUGGUCCAGUACGCCAACUCCUGGGUGGUGGUUGGAGCCCCCCACGAGAUGACGGCUGCCAAUCAAACAGGCGGCCUCUACCAGUGCAGCUACAGCACCGGUGCCUGUCAGCCCAUCAGCCUGCAGGUCCCCCGGGAGGCAGUGAACAUGUCCCUGGGCCUGUCCCUGGCGGCUACCACCAGCCCCUCCCAGCUGCUGGCCUGUGGCCCCACCAUGCACCACGCGUGCGGGAGGAACAUGUACCUGACCGGACUCUGCUUCCUCCUGGCCCCUACCCAGCUCACCCAGAGGCUCCCGGCAUCCAUGCAGGAGUGCCCAAGACAGGAGCAGGACAUUGUGUUCCUGAUCGAUGGCUCGGGCAGCAUCUUAUACAACAACUUUGCCACGAUGAAGAGCUUCGUGAGAGCUGUGAUGAGCCACUUUCAGAGACCCAGCACCCAGUUUUCCCUGAUGCAGUUCUCCAGCAAAUUCCGAACACACUUCACUUUCAAGGAAUUCAGGGACAGCUCAAACCCCCUCAGCCUGUUGGCUUCUGUCUACCAGCUGGGAGGGUACACACACACGGCCACCGCCAUCCAAAAAGUUGUGAGGGAAUUGUUCCUUGCCUCAAAUGGGGCCCGCAGGGAUGCCACCAAGAUCCUCAUUGUCAUCACUGAUGGGAAGAAAGAAGGCGACUGGCUGGAUUAUGAUGAUGUCAUCCCCAUGGCGGACAAAGCAGGCAUCAUCCGCUAUGCAAUUGGGGUUGGAUCAGCUUUUCAAAACAGAAACUCCUGGAAAGAAUUGAAUGACAUUGCAUCGAAGCCCUCCCAGGAACACAUAUUUAAAGUGGAGGACUUUGAUGCUCUGAAAGAUAUCCAAAACCAACUGAAGGAGAAGAUCUUUGCCAUUGAGGGUACCGAGACUACAAGCAGUAGCUCCUUUGAAUUGGAGAUGGCGCAGGAAGGCUUCAGUGCUGUGUUCACGCCUGAUGGCCCUGUCCUGGGGGCUGUGGGGAGCUUCAGCUGGUCUGGAGGUGCCUUCCUGUACCCCCCAAAUAUGAACCCCACCUUCAUCAACAUGUCUCAGGAGAAUGUGGACAUGAGGGAUUCUUACCUGGGUGAGAAAUGGCCAGGGGCUGGGGACAGAUUCACCCUUUUCUCUUCUGGCCAGCGGAUCACGGGCUCCCAGCUCUCCCCUAGGUUGCAGUAUUUUGGGCAGGCGCUGAGCGGCGGUCAGGACCUCACCCAGGAUGGACUGGUGGACCUGGCGGUGGGGGCCCGGGGCCAGGUGCUCCUGCUCAGGACCAGACCUGUGCUCUGGGUGAAGGCAAGCAUGCAGUUCAUACCUGCCGAGAUCCCCCGGUCUGCGUUUGAGUGUCGGGAGCAGGAGGUCUCUGACCAGCCCCUGGGACACGCCAGCAUCUGCCUUUACAUUGACAACAUUUCCAAGAACCUGCUCGGGAGCCGUGACCUCCAAAGCUCUGUGACCUUGGACCUGGCCCUCGACCCUGGCCGCCUGAGUCCCCGCGCCACCUUCCAAGAAACAAAGAGCCGGAGUCUGAGCCGAGUCCAAGUCCUCGGGCUGAAGACACACUGUGAAAACUUCGAUCUGCUGCUCCCGGCCUGCGUGGAGGACUCCGUGACUCCCAUCACCUUGCGUCUGAACUUCACGCUGGUGGGUGAGCCCCUCCCUUACUUCAGAAACCUGCAGCCUAUGCUGGCCAUAGAUGCUCAGAGAUACUUCACAGCCUCCCUCCCCUUUGAGAAGAACUGUGGAGCCGACCAUAUCUGCCAGGAUGAUCUCGGCAUCUCCUUCAGCUUCCCAGGCUUGAAGACCCUGCUGGUGGGGAGUAACCUGGAACUAAAUGCAGAAGUGAUGGUGUGGAACGACGGGGAAGACUCCUACGGAACCACCAUCACCUUCUCUCACCCGGCGGGACUGUCCUACCGCCACGUGGCACAGGGCCAGAAACAGGGACAGCUGCGCUCCCUGCGCCUGACAUGUGACAGCGCCCCAGCUGGGAGCCAGGACACCUGGAGCACCAGCUGCAGAAUCAACCACCUCAUCUUCCGUGAGGGUGCCCAGAUCACCUUCUUGGUUACCUUCGACAUCUCCCCCAAGGCUGUCCUGGGAGACCGGCUGCUUCUGGUAGCCAAUGUGAGCAGUGAGAACAACACCCCCAGGACCAGCAAGACCACCUUCCAGCUGGAGCUCCCUGUGAAGUACGCCGUCUACACUGUGGCCAGCAGCCACGAACAAUCCACCAAGUACUUCAACUUCUCAGCCUCCGAGGAGAAGGAAAGCCGUGUGGCCACACACAGAUACCAGGUCAACAACCUCGGACAGAGGGACUUGCCUGUCAGCAUCAACUUCUGGGUGCCUGUGGAGCUGAAUCAGGAGGCUGUGUGGACGGAGGUGGAGGUGUCCCAUCCCCAGGACCCAUCCCUUCGGUGCUCCUUGGAGAAAAUUGCACCCCCAGUGUCUGACUUCCUGGCGCACAUUCAGAAGAAUCCUGUGCUGGACUGCUCCAUUGCUGGCUGCCUGCGGUUCCGCUGUGACAUCCCCUCCUUCAGUGUCCAGGAGGAGCUGGACUUCACCCUGAAGGGCAACCUCAGCUUUGGCUGGGUCCGCCAGACAUCGCAGAAGAAGGUAUCGGUCGUGAGUAUGGCUGAAAUUACAUUCGACACAUCCGUGUACUCCCAGCUUCCGGGACAGGAGGCAUUUAUGAGUGCUCAGACAGUGACGGUGCUGGAGAAGUACGAGAUCCACAACCCCACACCCCUCAUCGUGGGCAGCUCCGUGGGGGGUCUGCUGCUGCUAGGGCUCAUCACAGCCGCACUGUACAAAGUUGGCUUUUUCAAGCGUCAGUACAAGGAAAUGAUGGAGGAGGCAAAUGGACAAAUUGCCCCAGAAAACAGAACAUCAGACCCUCAGUCUGCCCAGUGACAGAUGAUCCCCUCUUGGCCUUGGACUUCCUCUCCCCUUUGAGGUUUCCGCAUUUACUUACCCUUACCUGUCAGGCCUGACAGGGAGGAACCAUUACACCAAGAGAGGCUGGGAUCAGCCUGCUUCCUGUCUUUGGGAGGAGCAUCUUGCUUGGGAAAGGGCCUGUGUCUUGUCAAGAUUCCAACUGGAAACCCUUAGGAGAGGGUCCCUGUCGUGUCCCCCGAAGGGUUUGACUUGCAAUUUCUACCUAGAAAUACAUGGACAAUACCCUCAG